UCGCCCCGUGGUGUGACGGGAGUUGGAGUCGGCAUGGAUUCACUACUUCCUGCUUUGACGAGGAACACCGAGACACUUCGGCUGAUCGCUAAAAAAAAGUUGUUUGCCUGUGAAAACCAAGACACGUCGAACAGACAGAAGUGGCCGCGGACACGAAAUGUCCCUGAUGGAGCGUGGGGGAGUCCGGCCAAUUACGGCCGUGGCGUGGACGUCCAACACCAGCACCUGCCCCAAAGACUUCACCAUGAUCAACAUCACAGAGGACGGAGCAGCAGCGAACUUCACACGCAGCUUUGCGAUGAAGUCGGGAUAUUACCUCUGUUACAGCAAGGGCCUGGCAGGCGGCAUGGUCGUUUCCGACAUUCAGCUUCUCUCAGACAAAGAGGCAAUUCCUCAUGGUCACUGCUUUAUCGCUGAGCACCUUGAACCUAAGGCCAAUGUUUCAAAGAAGAAGCGUGUGUGUGUGCGCGUCGUCCCAGUCGGCAGCGUGGACACAGCUGUGUUGGAUAUCAAACUGACAGCAAAAAGCAAAAUGAUGCUGCAGCAUUACACAUACGUGGGAGACAUCAAUGGCUACGUGUUGUGGUGCAGAAAGGGACCCUUUUCUAACCCCAUGCCGCAGGCCAAACCUCGCAGUGUGAGCUUGGACAUACGCAAACUCUCACUGGAGCAACCGGUGCCUCCCCUGCCCCUCAGACCCAGCAACCCUCCUCCUCUGCAUGGUAAACUGAGUCACAGACGCCACAGCCUCCAACUAAAGGACAACUCGGACAAACCUGCUGACAGCAGUGUCCAGGGAAUCACAGCUCUGGACGGAGUUCCCUUUAGUCUGCACCCAAAGUUUGAUGGCCAGGCCAACGGGACAAAUCCUCAGCUGAACUCUCAAUUAAACAACAUUCGUAUCAAGUCUCUCCAAGACAUUGAAAACGAGUAUAACUACACUUUUGCUGUGGAGGAAUCUGCUGCCAAGAGGACCAGACCCUCACUGCCAGCAGGAGGCUCCUCUUCUGCUCAGUGAUGUUUGCACUCGGUCAAAGCAACAAUAUCAGAGUUUCCUGUGGUGCUCUUUCCAAAGCGAGGAUGAUCAUGCCUACAUUUAGGUUCACAUGGCUUUUAAGGGUUUUGUUUGUAAAAUAAUCUAUCAUAAUGGAGUUGAAAGGUCACCUGAGGGCACUACCAUUCUACAUGAGACAAACAAUCAUGUUAGUCAUGUCAUCAUGUUUUCACCUACACUACCUUUUCUUUGACUUUCAUGUUAAGUCUUUACCCGGCAUCACCAUCUUUAAACAUUCCAGGAUUCUGUUUGCCAAAGGAAAUGUCUGUUUGUAUGCGAUCAUACUUGUAGUCAUAUUGUCUAAACAUAUGUUUACAUUGUUUACCUUUUUGUAGGGUUGAGUACAGGGUUAACUAUGUAAUGGAUUUACCUGUAGAGUUUCUGCUGUUUGGGACUCCUCAUCUGCAGCAUUAAGCCCAUCGUCUUUUUUAUUUUAUAAACUUAACUACAAAGGUCAGAAUAAUUGUAUAUUUAAAAUGAAGAUGCACUUGGCAUUUAUUUAAGAUGUGUUCUACUUGCUCAGUUGUUGAUGUUGCUAACCUGACAUCCUGCUACGCAUCUUUAAUUGCUUCAGUUAAUAACAGUUUCUGAGGUGGAGGUGUUAUACUCAGUCAGUUUGUGGAUGAGUUUUGCUGCAGAUUAUGUUUGGCUGAACUUAUCAGAUAUACUAACAUAUAAUGUAGGAUAUAGUGCAUUUCUUGUAUGAAGAGUAGCCUACAGUACUAUCAGGUUUGUAAUAUUCCAAAAAUAAUUUAUCCUAUUCUAAGGUGUGAGGAAGGUUAUAUAUUUUUGCUCUUUGUGUUAGUCAAACUAAACAAAAUAAGUGGGGAAAAGGGGCCAGAAUCAGUUUUUUAUAUAUAUAAAAUUGGGCAAGAGUAGGGCCAAAUAUUUGAAUAUCUCCUUGUACAAUCUAUAAUAUAUUUUUGGUUGUUGUUUUUAUGACAGUGUAGAAAUGUUUUACUGCAUGGAAGAAAUAAAAACCUAAGAAACACUA